UUGUACGUGCUUCCUGCUUUCUCCUGCGUCACUGUGGGAAGAAGGCAUGAGGAAGAAGCGCUGAGGGAGGGAAGGUUUGAGGAUGAUGAUGUUCAGCAGGUGAAGAAAAGCGCUGCAGGUCAGAAAUGGACUUUCUGACACUGUUCUCUGUCUAUGUGGCGGUCGUGCUGACCUGUAUUGUUUUGGUGUGUAAAUAUUCCGGGCAGCAGCAGACUCCACUAGGUCGCCUGUUCAACACUGUCACUCAGGUUGCUUCUCCCUGGAUUCCACAAUGCAUUCAGAACAUUUCCAACAGAACUGUACACAGGCUCUUUCACCAGAGAAACAACUUCUUCAUUUACUUGCACCUUAUACUGGAGGCUGCUGUGUAUGCAGAAUACUCUUAUGAGGUAUUUCAGUUCUGUCUGGAAAUGGAAACUACAAUGGUGAAUGUGUGUGUUCCAUAUGUUCUCCUGGCAAUAAAGUCCUGCAUCUUUUACCUCUGCUGUAGGAGAGAUCCUGGUACGCUUACAAAGAAAAACCAUGCAGCUCAGCUGAAAGUGUACCAGUAUGAUGAGCAGUUGUUUCAAGAGGGAUCUAUGUGUCCAACAUGUCAGUUUGUGAAACCUGCAAGAUCCAAACACUGUAGGGUCUGCAACCGAUGUGUGCAAAGGUUUGACCACCACUGCAUCUGGGUGAACAACUGCAUUGGUGCUCAGAACACAAGAUACUUCCUGCUGUACCUGCUGAGUGUGUGCGCCAUGGCAGGCGAUAUUGUGGUGUUGACUGGGGACAUGUUGUUUCAUGUAGUCGUGCGAUCUGGCCUCAUGCAUGCACGCUACAUCGAUGAGCAAGGACAGGAGCAGCCUUCGGGAUUGCUUUUUAUCAUACAGCAUCUCUUCUUAACCUUCCCCAGGAUAGUCUUCAUGCUCGGCUUCCUGGUGUUUGUCUUCUUCCUCCUGGCAGGAUAUUCCCUGUUUCACUGUUAUUUGGCCGUGGUCAAUCAGACUUCCAACGAAUGGUUCAAAAGGAAAGGUCACAGUUGUCAGCAUUGUCACCCAGGCUCUGGACAUCACUCCCACACCUCUUAUAAUCCAAUGAGAGGUUUUUACAACAAGGGAAUUCUCAAAAAUCUCAAAGAGGUCUUCUGGCCUUUAUCUCCAACUCGGAAAAAAGACAAUUAGAUUAUGUUCAGUGUGUUUUUCCCUCUCCCUCAACUGUAUUUUUAAAUGUUUUGUUCUGUGCUGGUUUGUUGGACGUGUUGUUUGCAAUAAAUGUUUUUUAUCAGAAA